AAGAGGGGGUGUGUGUACUUAGGCUGUGGGUUGCUAGUGUGUAACUCCCCUCUAAAGCAUGGAAGUCCCCUCCAGCCCCCUGCAUCGGAGUCUUCAAGUGUUUGCUGUGCUUCAGUGGGUCUUUUCCUUCUUGGGACUUGCCCUGCUGUGCCUGGUGACAUUGAUUCUAGCCUCCCUAGGCCGGGCUUGGACUCUUGUGGUCCUCUACCUGCUCUGGCUCUAUCAAGACAGUCACACACCCAGGAUGGGGGGUCGCCGGUCUGCCUGGGUCCGCAACUGGGCAGUCUGGAGGUAUUUCCGAGACUACUUUCCCAUCAAGCUCGUUAAAACGGCCGAGUUGGAUCCGUCUCAAAACUACCUUUUCGGUUUUCAUCCUCACGGGGUCCUGGUUGUUGGGGCGUUCAGCAACUUCUGUACAGAGGCCACAGGCUUCUCCCGCCUCUUUCCGGGUCUCACGCCACAUUUACUCAUGCUGCCAUGUUGGUUCCAAGUGCCUCUCUUCCGAGAUUACAUUAUGACCAGUGGUUUAGUCUCUUCUGACAAAGCCAGCGCUUCCUAUCUCUUGUCCCACCCUGAGGGCGGCCGGGUGGCCGUUCUGGCUGUGGGAGGUCCCCUGGAGGCUUUGGAGGCAAAGCCUGGAACAGUGAGUUUGCGGCUCCGGAAUCAGAAAGGAUUCGUUAAAUUAUCACUGGAACACGGGGCCUCGCUUGUGCCUGUCUUCUCCUUUGGAGAGAAUGACCUCUUCCAGCAGUUUCCCAAUCCGCCAGGCUCCUGGGUACGGAGGAUGCAGGAGGCACUUCAGAGGAUACUGAGUGUGGCCCUGCCUCUCUUCCAUGGUCGCCUGGGUCUCCUGAUUCCCUUCCGUGUGCCCAUCCACACUGUCGUGGGUGCCCCAAUUCCAGUGCAGCGAAGCCCGAGGCCCACCCGGGAACAGGUGAACCGGUUGCACGAGUUAUAUGUAGAGCGUCUCACACAGCUGUUCGAGGAACACAAGAUGCGCUAUGGGGUCCCUGCUGAUCAACACCUUGUAUUCAUCUAG